AAUCCAACAUUCACAUCUGCAAGUAUGGAUGAAGUUGCAAAUGUUAUAAAAGAAGUAAUAACAAAUUAUCGCAAAUCAAAUGCAUUAUUAGUAAAUGCAAAAAGGAAAUUGGAAUGUCUUGAAGCUACUUUUGAUGUUAUUUGGAGAGGUCCUGAAGUUCGUCAGUACUUUGACAAAUUGGACCUUUCUCAUCUAAAUGCAAGUACUAAAGCGAUUUAUUCCUUUGUGAAAGAAGUGCUAAGUAAUGGUCAUACACAAGGUCUUGGCAAUUUAUAUUCCGAAAAACGUCAACUGCCUGAACCUGAAAAUAUUCGUGAUAAAAAAUCCAAAAGGAGCAUCAUGUCACAAUCCAAUAGUAGCACUGAAAAUUAUGAAGAGUCGUUGAAUUAUGAAGAUAGUGAAGAAUUGUACCAUGAAGAUAAUGACGAGUUAUUAGAUGAAGAUCGUGAAGAUCUGUUGGGUUAUGAAGUACAAGCAUCUGAAGAAGAAAUUUCAACAGAAGAGGUUAUGACUGAUCCUGCUACGGAUUGGAUUUUAUCAACUGAGAAAAAUGUUGGUGAAGUAUUAUCAGCAUAUCGAGCUGCAAUUCCUCUUAAUAAGGCCUUAAUUAGGCAAAAAGUAGACUUCAGAAUCAGUAAAUAUCAAUUCGAAAUGCUAAUUGGAUUACGAUCAGGUGGUCUUCCUUCGGCGCCAAAAAGUAGAAAAUGGAUUGACAAAGUGGAUUUAGCAGUCACAUUACGAGAUGUGUUAUUAAACGAAGGAAUAGAGAAUAAUGGCGUAGCGCCGAAUAA